UGAUAGGUAUUUUGUUUUGUUUUUUAUUUAUGUUUUGAUUUUGGUUCGCGAAAAUUCAAAUUCCUUAUUCAGAGUACCAAACAAUGUAACUUCGUCAUUCGUUGGAUUGCCGAAUCCUAAAAUGACCGCUUCACCAGUGGCUGAGGCACAGGACGUGUGCGCAUCGGAUCCUAACUUUGCGGUUAUAUUUGCUUUCUGCGAACGGUUCGGAGACAGUUGUGGUGUUACUAUUCCUACGUUCCAAGAGCUACAAGAAAUGUUAGAAAACACUACUGAAGUUCCAGAUGCAUUAGUUGAUUUGCAUAUAAAGUUAUUGCGCAGGGUCAAAAAAAGUGUAAAUGCAGAUAAAUGGGAAAGAGCAGUUUUAAAAUUUUGUCAAGAAUAUUCUAUACCAGAAUUUUGGGAAUUAGAAAACUACGGAUACAAAGGAAUUUCCGUAAAACUAAAAUUAAGGAUUUUAAAAACUCUUUUUGAAGCACAAUUUGACAGUAAUGUUAAAUUUAAGUCCGAAAUAAAUAAAUUAGAAAGUUCUACACUUCAUUCUCAACCGCUAGGUUGGGAUAGAUCAGGUGUAGCAUAUUGGGUGCAGUUUGAUCGAGCAUGUAAUCUUCGAGUUUACAGAGAAGAUAUUGAUGAAGAUACUUGGGAAAUCGUAGCAAAAGAUCGAAGCACUUUAGUUAAUCUUAUAAAUGAAUUAUCUGGAGCAAAAGAUAAUACUCUCGACGAUAUUGAAGAUAGUAAUAGUAUAGAAACUGGUUCAGAAGGUGAAAAUGAAUUACCCUCAAGUCUGAAUCCUGAGAAACCCUCUCUUAUUAUUGAAAAUAACAAAAAAGAAUAUAGUACUACAGAAUCAACUAAUGUUGAAUUAGAAAAAAAUGAAUUAGAUUCACAAGAAAAUCCUCUUGAUAAACCAAUUAAUUUCAAAAGAAAAUUAAAUGAAGAUGAUGAUUUACCUAAUAAAUGUAAUAUUCCUAUCGUUGGAGAAGAAAUUGAAGAAUCUGUGAUGAUUGUGAAAGGUGAAGGUUCUGGGCAGGAAUGUGAUACUGGUAAUCCUGAUGAAACAAAUACUCAAAAUGAUACAUCAAAAAUUGAAGAUGUAAAAAAACCAAAAUUAUGGAGUAUAGAAGCUAUUUGUAGUUCAUCUAAAGAAGUCAAAGAAGAAAUUGUUUCUGUUCCUAAAACUGGUUUUUUUUUUGGUGAUGAUUCUGUACCAUGUUUUAAUAAUGUUUCUAAUGGAGAAGAUUCUUGUAUUGAUGACAGUAAAUUAAAAGUUGCCCAAUCAAACAAAGAUAUCGAAGAAUCGAAAAAAAAUAAAAUAUCAGUUGAAGAACUUAAUAAAAAUAUGAAAACUGAUGAGGAAUUAUGUACAAAUAAAAAGAAUGAUGAAGAAAUAAAUAAAAGUGAAAAAUUGGAUGAAGUUGAUACUACUACAUCACAUGGCAUUAAAUCUUUAAAUUUAAAUGAAUUUUCAUGUAAAAAUGUUUCAAAACAAUCAGUUUUUAAUAUUAAAGUCCACGAAGAAGAAGUUCAGAUCACAGAACGUAAAGCUAAUGAAGUUUUUACAAAAUCUGAAACUAGUAUUAAACAUAAUACAACAAGUGUUUAUGGUUCAACAUCAUUUGAUAGUUAUAUUAAACCUCAAGAGUCUCAGAUAAACAGUAUGACAGAAAUUGUUGCACACAAUAAAGAUAAUCAACCACAAAUCAGUAGCAAAAUAAAUACAUAUGAUGCAGAUCACAAGACUGAAUGCAACAAAAUUGAAGUUGAUCAAACUAAUGAUCUACUUCCAGACCUUACCAAUUCUGAUAUUUUCACAAGUACAAAAGUAGAAGAACAAAAAAAUCAGAGUGUGAAAUUCGAAGAAAACACAAAGUGCAAUAUUGAUCAACACUUAGAAGAAAAUAAAAAAAAGGAAAUAGAUCAACAACUAAUAGUAAGUGAACCUAUUAAAACAAAUACACUCGAUAAUAAAAUACAAUUAAAUGAACAAUUAACAACAAGUAAAAGCAGUCAAAGUGAUGAAGAAAAAAUACUAGAUAAUAGAUGUGAAACAAUCAAAGCAAAUGAAUCAUUUGCAAACACAAUUGGCCAAUAUGAUGACAUUAAUGACCAACCAAGUUCUUAUGUAGUUGAGCAAAAAGCAUGCAUAUUAGAUACAUCAGUAUCAAAUUUAGCUGACCAGAGUACUAUAUCAGACGAUCAAAUAUUGGAAAAUAAAUCCAUUAUUGAUGAUGAAAAACCUAAUGAUAAUUUAGUUGAAGAAAAUGAACCAGAUAAACAAGUAUCUGAACAUAUUGAACAUACUCAAAUUACUGAUGAUUUAGAAACUAGUUCUACUUAUUCUAAUAGUGAUCUUAAUAAACACACUGAAAGUGAUAACUCAAUAAUAAAUUCAAUUGCUAGUAGUAGUAAAGCACAUGAUCAAACCUUAGCAGACAAUGUCGAUCAAUGUCCUCAAAUCUCUAAACAAGUUGACAAUAAUCAAAAUACUAAUAAAUCUAAGAAAACAUUACAUAACAUAAGUAAUAUUAUUGAUACUAAUAUGACUGUUGUUAGCGAUAGUGUUAAAGCAAAUGAACAACCAAUUAAUUAUAUUAAUACUGAAAUUAAACAACUAGAUCAUUUAACAAAAGAAAAAAAUGUUUUUCAAGAAAAAAAACCAUUUGUUGUAAAUAUAGAUAGCCCAAACAAUUUUAAUAGUAAACAUAGUUUAAAUAAUAUAUUACAAAAAUCGGACAAUGUUAAAGAAAUGUUGGAAUGUCCUAACACUGAAUCAUCUAAUGUUGAUUCAGAAAUAGACAAAAUUGAUUCAGUGAAAUCUGAGGUCAAAAUAAAAGAAUUACAUUUAAAGAGUAAGGAUGUUUUGAAAGAUUUAACUGUAUUAAAAGAAGAUAAAAUGAUAGAAAAUGAAAAAAAUAUUUCACCCAUAAUUUCAAGUGUACCAGAAAAUCAAAAGGAAGAAGUCCUUGAUGUAUUGACUAAAGAAACAAAAAGUGAUAAGGAUUAUGAAUUAUCAACAAUGUCUACAGAACAAUAUAAAACUGAUGAAAUAAAACGGGGCGAUUUAAAUGUGAAUUGUGAUGAAACUAUACAAAACAAAGAUUUAAAAGAAAAACAAAAAUUAUUUAAAAUUGUAAAUGAUACUGAUACUUAUGUUUAUAAUAAAGAAAAAUUAAAUUUAGAAGAUUUGAAAAAAGUUUCAUGUAACAAAGACGACAACCUUGUGCAUGAUUUAUCUGUACAAAAUAGUACAUUAAAAACAGAAUCCCUAAUGGAGUUUAAAGAAGAAAGUGCCGUUGAUAAUUCACUCAGUGAUAAAAAUGUCAUCAACAAAUCAAUAAAAAAUGAUAAGAAUUUAGAAAACAAAGAAAAAGAAACUAAUUUUGAUAAAGAUGUAAUAAAUCAAAAUCUCAAAAUAGAAAUUGACUCUGAAGAUGAUGAGGAAAAUAUAAUAAAAUCUUCUGAUGAGCAACUUGUUAUUUCUCCUGUUCAAGAGAGUACAUGUGAAAAUUCUGAUGAAACUAACCAAGAAACAUUUAAUAAAAGUCCUAAAGAAGAGUUUGAUUAUAGCAUAGCUGUAGAUCAAACUUUUGAAGAAGAUAAUAAAAGUGAUGAAGAGGAAGUAGCCGAAGAAAUACCAAAAAAGAAAGGGAGACCUGGGCGGAAAAAGGGAAAAAGAGGAAGGGCUAAAAAAGUUACUACAGUCAAGCAAGAAAAUAGUAGUAUUACAGAAGAAAAAGUAAAACGACCAUACAAACCUCGUCAAAAGAAAGUUGUCACCAUAUCAGAAGAAGUGACAGUGUUUCCAGAACCAGCUGGUGAUGACAAUGUGCGUAGAUCAAGGCGUAUUGCUGAAAUAAAGAUAAAAGAACAAUUUAUUCCUGCUACACAAUAUGAUGAUAUUGAUAUACCAUUAAAGAGUCCAAAGAAAAAAGAUAAAGGUGGAAAGAAAGGGUCAACAUCUUCCAAAAAAUUGGAAAAUGCAGAAGAAUCUGAUGACGAAGACGAAGAAGAUCCUAUAUCUAAAAAAUUCAAAAAGAAAAGAAGGAAAGGAAAAUCUGAUUCUUUGAAGAAAAUCAAUAUGGUGAAUCCUUGGAAUGUUGAUUCUGAAUCCAGUUCUUCGGAAAACAAUAUAGAAUUAUUUGAAGAUUAUGAUCAUGAAGAAGAGGAAGAAAUUCCUAGACCUGGAAUUGAGCCUAACAUUUCAGAUCAUGAGUUUUCUCCUGAAUCAGAUAUUAAUGACGAAGAUGAAGAGUAUUUGCCUGAAAAAAGAGCGCGAACUGCUCAUAAAAAAGAUGAAGGAGAACCAUUAAAAGACGAUAUGUGUCAAAAAUGUAACAAAAGUGAUCAACCUGAAUGGAUUUUGUUAUGUGAUACAUGUAAUCAAGGAUGGCAUGCAUCUUGUCUCCGCCCUCCACUUAUGGUGAUUCCUGAUGGUGACUGGUAUUGUCCACCAUGUCGUCAUCAAGCUCUAUUGAAUGCAUUAAAAGAAACUUUAAAAAAAUAUGAUGGGGAAUCUAAAAAACGAGAAAAUGAAGAAUUGAGACGUAAACGGUUGGCAUAUGUUGGGAUAAGUCUUCAAAAUGUUAUAUCAUCAAAAACAGAAGAAGUUAAAUCCGAUAAAUCGCCUGUAGUACAUCAGUCUUCUGAAGAUGAUGAAGAAGAAUCAGAAUCAGAAGAUUAUGAUUCAGAACCGUUGUAUACUUUAAGAGCUAGGCGACAAGCUAAUGUCAGUUACCGUUUUAAUGAUUAUGAUGAUAUGAUCAAUGAAGCAAUUUUGGAGGAGACUGGUGUUGAUGAAUCUGCAGCAAAAAAAUCUGCUGAAUUAAAAACUGACAAAAAUGAUAAUGAUGAAAACAAUGACUCUGAUAACGAUGAAAACGAUAAGGAUAGAGAGGAUUCACCAAUAGCACCUGCUCUGUUGCAUUUGAGGGGGCGAAAAAAAUCAAAAAAGCUUACAAACCUUGAUAUCAGUUCAGACGAUGGUUCAGACGAAGACUUCAAAGGACCUUCAGAUGGGGACGAUGAUUACGAGGAAGAUUUGAGCGAAUAUAGUGACGAUUCUGUCAAAAGACGACCACAACCAACUAGACGGUCUGUGCGGAACCGCAAAAAUGUAGUUGACCCCGAUUUUAUCAAUGACGAUUCGAGUGAAGAAAGCGAUCAACGUUCAAAAAAAAAAAGAUCGAGACCUUGGUCAGAUUCAUCGAAUAGCGAAGAAGAGGACUUAACAUGGGGCAAAAGAAAAAAAAAACGUACUAAUGCCUACUCUUCUUCGUCAUUAUCGUCCAAACCAGCCGCCAAAGGGUCUAAAAGAAAACGCAGUGAAAAUAAUGGUGCUCGAAAAUUUAAAAAAUCGACGAUCAAGUUUGGUAUGAAUUCGGAUUCAGACUUCGACGGCCAACCCAAAAGAAGGACAAGAGGACGACAGAUAACUUACGCUGAAUCCGACGAUUCUGAAGAGGAAGUCCAAACGAAAAAGCGUAAAGUAGCAAGUGAUGAAGAAGACGAAUACGUAUUGAACGACGAAGAAUUAGAAGUCGAGAACGAAGACCAUACCUUGGAAGUGGAAGAAGACGAUGCGGUGGCCAGUAAUGAAGAGGAGAAGGACGACGAUGACGUUGGUGAAGAUGAAGCUGUAGACGAGGAAGAAGAGGACGAGGACGAAGAGGAAGAAGUUGACACAAAACCGGCGAUAGCCUCAUCAGGCCCGGCUCCGAGUAACGUGGUACAUCCAACCGUCGCGAAACCUCCGCCGCCGCCUGCAGUUGUACAAUCUGUGAUUAGGGAACCGGCGUCAUCAUUGUCAUCCGAUCUUCCGGUCGCCGAACCACAUCACAACCCGCACCCGCGACUGUUGCCACCGGCCGUUGUCCAGCGACUAGACAAACAAGAGCCGCCGUCCGCCGUGGACCCGGCACACGGAUCUCCGGACAAGCGUAAACGGCCGCAGCACCAGCCGAAAAAGUGUCCGUCGCCCAACCCUCUGGUGGAUUACGGGGGAGGUGCCGGUUACCCUUACGCACCGGACGCCACCAAAGUGACGGUGUCCACCGUCGUCCCGCCGUCACCCGCGUUCGUCAGACCGCCCGUGACCGUGCCCGGGGCCGCGGGGGUGUUCAAGACCAUGGUGCCGCGAACCGCCGGCGACGUGGGUUUUUCCGCCGUGCCCGUCCCGUACCGGACCGCGGUCAAUAAGAUGACCGGUCCGGCCGCCUACCUGCCGCCGCCGCAGCCCCAGGUGCAACAGAUAUACCAGGCGCCAACGUCGACGCCGCCACCGCCACAGCCACAGCCGUCGUCGACCAGUUACUCGCCGUAUCCGAUCGAUUACGCUGCGGCCGGUGCAUCGCUUCCGCCUCCGCCACCAUUGAUACCGUUCCGAAACGUGGUCGUAGCUCCGCCGCCGCUGCACGAACACGCUCUGCUGCCCGGCGCGGCACACCAACAGCCGCCGCCGCAACAGUCGGCCGCGACCGGCGGGGACAGCGAAUUCGGCGGGCUUGUUUCAUAUUUUUCCAGUCAACAAGAAGACGAUUUUGACACAUGAUGAUCUCGUCCUGUCUCCGCCACCAUUAUUAUUAUUAUUAUUAUUAUUGUAAUUAUUUUCGCCACCACCCUAUUUUUCUGUUUGUUUCCCUCUAUCCCGCCGACAACUUAUCGUAUCCGUUGUAGUUUUGUAAACAUGGCUGCUUAUAUGUUGUUUUUAUCAUUCGUUUGCAAUUCAUUCAUGAUUUCGAUUUUAUUUUACCGUAACGUAGAAUUUUCCUUUCGAGUCAAAAUAAAUAACUCUCAAGGCAAUAUUAAUGUGGUUGUGCGCGAAGGUUGUCAGUCGUCGGUAGUAGGGUAAGCCAACCACGCGUACAAAGACAUUAAAUUACUACUAUCUACUAAUUUUUUUAAUAACUUCAUCACAAUCAAAAUCAGUCAUUAUUCCUCAUCGUUAAAUCACGUAUCAAGAAGUAACCCAAAGAAUAUUCACUAUAGACUGUCAACUAGGCUGGCUCUUUCUAUUUUUUUCUUACUUAUUCUAAUUUUAUCUUAUAUUUUUAAUUUUAAUUGAGAAACAAAUUAUUACCUUACUUAUUAAACGAGGCCAUAAUAUGAAUGUAUAACUGAUAAGAGCCAAUUAUGUUAAAAAUAAAGAUCUGAGAGUAUAUCAUAACGAACAAUUUAUUUUAUACCAAUUUCGUUUAAGUUAAAUAUUUAAUAAUAUUAUAUUUGUUUUUUUUUGAACAUUAUUUAUUUACUUAAAUUACCAAAACACAAUUUAUGACUAUGCUAUCGUUCGAAUAUUUAAAAACUAAAUUUAUUUAUGUAAUUUCUAGCCUAAUAGUAAAUGUUAAUUUUAUUUAUUUAAUAUUUGAAUAGCCCCACCAUUGAUAACCCACGGUUUAAAAAUAUCGCAGAAAAGAACUCGUGUGUAAUAUUUAAUGUACAAAUAUACAUUUUAAAAUAACUAUUAACGUUUAUUUAACUUGUAGUGAAAAUAUUCUGAUUGAUUUUUUAUAUUUGUCAAUAAGCUGAAUGUUAUUUGUACGAAAACUGUACAAUUUUACUUUCAUAAUUUUAAUAUAUUAUAGAUUUUUAUUUAAUUGAUAUAUUAUAUCACACAUUAACAUAAA